ACCCAGAACAGCUUUAUGCAGUUACUGCUUCUGUAUUCACUGCAUUUUAUAACAACUUUUCUUGUCCUUUUAGCUUUACCUUCAGGCCAGAAUGAAAGGAGACUGGGCACGACUUCUACGUCCUACUCUACAAUUUAGUCUUAUUGCUGCAUCUAUCUAUGUGGGUCUCUCACGUGUCUCUGAUUACAAGCAUCAUUGGAGUGAUGUUUUAACAGGACUCAUUCAGGGAGCAGUGGUAGCUGUGCUCACUGUUGUGUAUGUGUCUGACUUCUUCAAAGUGAGAGGAUGUCCAUUUCAACCAAAAGAAGACUCCCAUACAACCCUACAUGAGACUCCAACAAAUGGAAAUCACUUUGGCCACAAUCAUCAACCAUGA